UUCCCAUGUCCUCUGGCAGCCAGUUAGACAGAAGGGGGUAUUGUUCUUCAAGACACUCUCCAUGGAAACAGUUUUUUUGAACUGUUUAGAUGUGUUUAGUUUAGUCAACGGAUUACAGGUAAUUCUGUACCUGGUUGGCCGGAUGCCCGGCCCUUGUUUGUUUUGUGCCUGUUCCUCUGGAAGUCGAGAGGCCGACACAAGAGUGUUCUGAAGUAGUAAAGGUGAGCCGCUUCAACAGCCGCGCGUACCCAGCCCCUCUCCACCCGUCCAUCAGGCAAGAGACCCGGAAAGAAGACUUGACAAAACAACACUAUAGGACGACACAUUAAUACUGUUAGCCCAAGGCGGUCAAAGUCGUCCAGGAGAGAAUGAAUAACAACUUCAUUUUUUGUUUACCUUUUUUGUAACUCGAUAAGGUGUUUGACAGUGUCGAAAGACUUGGCUAAAACGCCAGACUUGAAGGAAGUUCGGGAAGAUCGUGGUGAAAGGAAUUGAAUUGGUCAAAAACGUUCUGUUAUAAUUGGUCAUAGUGAUCUGUUCCCUGGGUUGUUGUUUGGUGGGGCUUUCCACUCCAGACUAAACCAUGUCGUUACCAGCCAUGGGUAUGAACCGGCAGAGUCUCUGCUCGCUCUUUCACGCUUGUGAUGUGGAUAAUUCUGGACGGAUUGAAAAAGAUUAGUUUUUCCAAAUCUGCUCAGAGCUCCUUGUCCCGCCGACGGAGAGAGAGCCCAUAUUCUCUAAACUGGACAUCGACAGAGACGGGACAAUCAAUCUAGCGGAGUUCAUUAGCGGCUUCCACCGGAUCUCUGAGCAAGUGUACCGAGGAGACAUGGAGAACAAGAGCUGGGGAGUCUCCUCUCAGGCCUGGGAAGAUUUCCAGACCCGACUAGGGGACCAUGCCCGGUUCAUACCCAGGAAUGAGCAGGCAGCCACGCUGUACCAGAACAUCAGUAUGACAGAGCCCAGGAUGGUGCCUCAGUAUGAGAGAGUCAUUAUGAGCUUCACAAGAGAGAUCAAGCAGCACAAUGCUGAGAUGGAGAACCUGGCCCUGGCUGUGAAACGAGCCCAUGACCAAGCCGCCAUGCAGCUCAGCGAGAUGGAGGAGGAGAUGGAUCAACGCAUCCAUGCAGCUGAGAACAACACACAGCAACAGGAGGCCAAGAGGACUGAGGCAGCUCUGAGUGAGCUGAAGAGACACUAUGAGUCUGAGGUGUGUGAACUGCAGCACAAGCUCCAGAAGAUGCAGCUGAUUGAAGACCAGUACAAGAACAUCAACAUGAAAGAUGAGUCUUCAACCCUGAAGAGAAAGAUCAACGAACUGACUCUGGAAAACCAGCGGUUGAAGCAGGAGUUGAUGCAGUCUCAAACUAACAUAGCCUUCCUUCAGAGUGAACUGGCCUCUCUGAAGAGUGAUCUGACAGACCACAGCAUCAACUCUGAGCGGGAUGAGGCGAUGAUGAGAGACUUCUCUGAUGAGAGGGAGAACCUGGAGCGACAGAUAGAGAUCCUACAAACAGCCAACAGGAAGCUCCAUGACAGUAACGACGGGCUGCGCAGUUCCCUGGAGAACACCCUCAGCAAGAGCAAUAAGCGUGGUAGCAGUGCUUCCCCAGCCAGCACCAUUAGCAGGAGGAGCAAGAGUAUCUGUUACUCAUCUCCAUACCGCGACAGGUUCUACCAGGCGGGUGUGGAUGGUGUGGAUGCGGACGGAGACCUGCUGGGCCUUUGUGGAGGUGAAGGUGGUAGGAGUUCCCUGGGGUGUCGGCGGCCCAGUCUGGACACCCUAGCCCUGGCUCUGUGUGACCCGGCCAUGCAGGUAAAACGCAGCAGCGAGGUAGACAGCCUGCCCGAGAGCUCCCUAGACAGCGGCAUGUCCACGCUGCGUGGCUCCAACAACGAAUAUGACUCUGAGCAGGAGGUGAAAGGGCACGAGGAGGAACAGAGGGUGGCAGGGAACACAGACAGCCUGGCGGGGGGCCACUCUGACAAUGACGUUGCAGAGAUGCGGGAUGAGAUGGUGUUUGGAUCAGACAGUGAUUCUGUCCUGGACUGGAAACCUUUGGAGUCAGUCAGCCGGACCAGCUCUGGAGCGUCCACACGCAAAGCCCUCUCUGCCAUCACCAAUGAGGGAAAAGAGAAGGAGUCAGCUGACCUGGGCUAUAUGACAUCAGAGAAGGCCUACAGGGUGGUGUUGGCUGGCGAUGCAGCGGUGGGCAAGUCCAGCUUUCUGCUCCGCCUCUGCAAGAACGAGUUCCGAGGAAACACCAGCGCCACCCUGGGGGUGGACUUUCAGAUGAAGACUCUAGUAGUGGAUGGAGAGCCCACCCUACUACAGUUGUGGGACACAGCAGGCCAGGAGAGGUUCCGCAGCAUUGCGAAGUCGUACUUCAGACGAGCCGACGGGGUCCUCCUGCUGUAUGAUGUCACCUGUGAAAAGAGCUUUCUCAACGUGAGAGAAUGGGUGGACAUGAUUGAGGACGUGUCCCAGGAUGACAUUCCCAUCAUGCUAGUUGGAAAUAAGUGUGACCUGAGGGAGCAAGCACUACAGGACAGUGUCACCUGUGUCCCCACCAGCUUCGGAGAGAAGCUGGCCAUGACAUAUAACGCCCUCUUCUGUGAGACCAGUGCUAAAGACGGAUCUAAUGUCAUAGAGGCCGUGCUGCAUCUGGCCAGAGAGAUGACCAAGCAGGUUCAUGGGGAUGAGAACCAGGAGUCUGUGACUAACCUCUACAGAAGUCCCAAUAAGAAGAUGCCUACUGUCACCUGCUGCACAGGAUAAGAAACCACACAGGAACACUACUAGAGUAACCAAAACUCAGCACCAGAGCAACCACAGCAACAGAACACCACAAUACAAGAAUACUGUCAGCAAAGACAGAACAAGAGAAAAAUGAGACUUCAGAAGAACAGAACACAGGAGAAUCCAGUCAGAACACUUGAGUACCAUAGCACUAGAAUAUCAAACAGCUGAUUUUCUCGUAUGAGAUCAACUGUGCUUGUUUUAAGCUGUGUGUGCAUGCGUGCACGAUUAUGCAAUUAUAUGUUUGCAUGAGUACAUGUGUGCUUGUGUUAUGCAUAUGUAUUUGGCUUUAGUAUUGAGUCCUUUGACAUCAUUCACAUCAUGGUUAGUAGUGAAGUCUAAUCUCAUAUGCUGUUGAUUGUCUUCUUAUGAAGCCUCUGUGUUAAAGCCAUGGUCAUUUGUAUUGCAGAUAGCUAUUGUAUAUAUCAAUGUACAGGUAGUGUCUGAAAAGUACCAUGUACUGGCAAAUUAUAUUCUCAACAAGUCACUAGAAAGCUUGGGAUAGCAGCAAUUUACAUGACAGAUAUGAUGAGGAGAGUCAAAUGCACGUGAUAGGUGGUGAACAGGAGGGUGGGGAAAUGUUAUUUUUACAAUGGAAUAAUGAUCUUAUUAGCAAGCUGUUUAUUGCUAAGGGAUAAGGCGGAGGGAGGACCUACAGUUUAGUAGAUAUAAAUAUAGAAUGUCAUUCUAGUUCUGUGAUAGUAGACACAGUAGUGUCAGAAACAUCCUCCAUGUACAACAUUUGUGAUAAAGAGUAACAACUGCAUGUCAAGGAAGGAGUGUCAUGAUUGUCAGUUGAAUUCUGAUUGUAGGAGCCAAGAGCAACAUCUGGAGAGAAUGAUGUGAUUGGAUGACCGUGGGAGGAGCAAAAUGUCAAAUGUAUGAAUGUGGUUUGAAUGAAUGGGGCACAUUUUAUUUCUGUGUGUAUAUUGUAAAAUAUCGUUAUCAUUAAUAUAUUAUGUAAUGUUAGACUUGCCAUUUGGACCUCUCCUGGGUCACUAAUGAUGUCACUGUGAGCCCACACCUGUCUGUCUGAGCCCUCUGUGUGGUCAUACUCAAAGCGCUUUACUAUUAAAAUGUAGCAUGAACAAAA